AUGACUCUUCCCUCUCAGCAGAAAGCCCUACUCCUCCCCGCCGCCGGACCCGGCAAGACCUUCGAAUUCGGCACCCGCCCCAUCCCGCAGCCCGGCCCAGGCCAAGUCCUAAUCCGCAACGCCGCCGUCGCUUUGAACCCCGUCGACUGGAUAAUCAGAUCCUACGGCCUCUUCGUCUCGCCGUACGGGUUCCCCGCCGUAGUCGGCAGCGACGGCGCAGGCGAGAUCGCCGCUCUCGGUCCAGACGUGCAGGGAUGGAAGACGGGCGAGACGGUGCUGUACCAGUGCUUCUGGAAUCCCGACCGCGGGACGUUCCAAGAGUACACUAUCGCGGACGCCGCGCGCAUCGCUCGCGUCCCGGAUAACAUCAGCGUCGAGCAGGCCGCGACGAUCCCGCUUGGCCUCGGUACUGCCGCUAUUGCUUUGUACAAUGCGUCGAGCACUAGGUGUGCGGGGUUCACGGCGCCGUGGGAGGCCGGUGGGAAGGGGAAGUACGCGGGGAAAGCGGCGCUCGUCAUCGGUGGCUCGAGCUCUGUCGGACAGUUCGCGCUGCAGGUUCUGAAGCUGAGCGGCUUCUCGCCCAUUAUCACGACCGCGUCUGCGCGCAACGAGGAGUACUGCAAGAGCGCGGGCGCCACGCACUUCGUCGACUACAACGCUGUCCCGUACUCGGAGCUUGCCAGUAAGGUGGCUGAGCUCCUCGGCGGAGCGCCGCUCGCAGUCGCAUACGAUGCGAUCUCUAUACCCGAGAGUCAAAAGGCAUCGUGGGCCGCACUCGGGUCGGGCGGUACACUCGUAGUCGUGCUCGAAUCCGCGAUCGACAGUCCGCUUGGAGAGACGACGGAGGAUGGAAAGAAGGUCGUGCAUGCAUACGGGGCGUCGAACGGGGAGGAGAACCUCGAGUUUGGCGCACGCAUGUACGGUAAGAUCGCGGGUCUCUUGGAGAGUGGUGAUAUCAAGCCAAACAAGGUCGAGGUCAUUCCCGGAGGACUGGCGGGUAUCCCUGCGGGUCUCGAGCGUUUGGAGGCGAAGAAAGUCAGCGGCUCCAAGCUCGUUGCGCGCAUCGCAGAUGGGGCGUGA